GGCUUCCGAAAUCCACUAGGUUUGCGGUUUACCGCGCUUAAUAUGGGAAGCACUCGAAACUAACAUAACUGCCCAUCGGAAUUCGGAAGAGUUCCAGAAGAGAAUUCCGGCGUCCAUUCCCAAACUUUCACCGAUCCUUUGGAAAAAUUGGCAGACGGAAGAGAAAGAACGCGUCGCCUAUGGCAAUCACGCCUCUGUUUCUCACCAAAGCUCAGCGCGAGGAAUUUGCUCUGAGGCGCAGGGAGGAAAAAAUCGCCGACCAAAAACGCCUCGCCGAACUUGCUCUGCAAUCCAAAUUCCCUUCCUCCGGCGACGAUGGAGAUCGAGAUAGGGGCAGAGGUAGAGAUAGAGAGAGGGAAAGAGAGGAGCGCAAGAAGCGGGGAAGGGAGCCGGAACAGUGGGACCGAGAUUCGAAGCGACGGAACACGGAGAAGGAACGGGAGGAAGUUUUGAAGGCCAAGGAGAAGAAGACUAGAGAAGAAGAGUUGCAAUUGAUUAAAGACCAGUAUAUGGGAAAACAGGUGCCCAAAAGGCGUGUAGCUAAGCCUAGCGACAAGUUUAGGUUUUCUUUUGACUGGGAUAAUACUGAAGAUACUUCCAUUCUGUUCCAUAACUCUCAUGAAGCUCCGUUGCUUUUUGGCCGUGGAAGUAUUGGCGGGGUAGAUAAAAGGGAGCAGAAGAAGAACCAGAACGAUUCCAAGGUUGACAGGCACUGGUCCGAUAAGAUGCUCGACGAAAUGACUGACAGAGAUUGGAGAAUUUUUAAGGAGGAUUUCAAUAUUUCUUACAAAGGGACUAGGGUUCCAUCCCCAAUUAGGAGUUGGAGUGAGAGUAAACUGAAUGCCAAGUUGCUUAAGGCUGUGGAACGGGCAGGAUAUAAGUCCCCGUCGCCCAUCCAGAUGGCCGCUAUACCCCUUGGACUUGAGCAGCGGGAUGUCAUCGGCAUUGCUGAAACCGGUUCAGGUAAGACUGCUGCUUUUGUUCUUCCUAUGUUGACUUAUAUUUCUAGGCUUCCUCCUAUCACUGAGGAAACUGUGGCGCAGGGGCCAUACGCAGUUGUGAUGGCUCCUACCCGCGAGCUCGCUCAUCAGAUUGAGGUUGAGACUGUCAAGUUUGCUCGGCAUUUGGGAAGUAGGGUUGUUUCCAUUGUUGGGGGUGAGUCCAUAUCAGCACAGGGACUUAAAGUAAGCCAAGGAUGCGAGGUGAUCAUUGCCACUCCAGGACGUCUUUUGGAUUGCUUGAAUAGCCGGUAUGUUGUUUUGAAUCAGUGUAAUUAUGUUGUUCUUGAUGAAGCUGAUCGAAUGAUUGAUAUGAAUUUUGAACCACAACUUGUAGGUGUUUUAGAUGCCAUGCCUUCAAGUAAUUUGAAACCUGUAAAUGAGUGUGAAGAACUUGAUGAGAAUAGAAUUUAUAGAACCACUUUUAUGUUUAGCGCUACCAUGUCCAAUAAAGUUGAGCGGCUGGCUAGGAAGUACUUAAGAAAUCCUGUUGUCGUCACCAUUGGAACUGCAGGCAAGCCAACUGACCUUAUUACCCAGCAUGUAAUCAUGGUGACAGAACAAAAGAAACCAGACAGGUUACAUAAAUUGCUUUAUGAACUAGGGGAUAAAACUACUAUAGUGUUUGUCAAUGAAAGGACAAAGGUUGAUACAGUUUUGAAGACUUUGAGCAAGGCCGCUACUAACUGUCGCGUUACCACAUUGCACGGUGGGAUGUCUCAAGAGCAGAGAAAACUCAGUCUUGAAGGUUUCCGGACGAAGAAAUACAACGUGCUGGUCGCAACAGAUGUAGCAGGGCGAGGGAUUGAUAUACCUGAUGUUGCUCAUGUGAUUAACUAUGAUAUGCCAGGUACAAUUGAAAGUUACACCCAUCGUAUAGGACGAACUGGUCGUGCUGGGAAGACUGGGGUAGCCACUACCUUCUUGACCCUUAAUGACAGCGACAUUUUCGAUGAUCUCAAGCAGAAGCUCGUUCAAAGUAAUAGUCAUGUGCCUCCAGAACUUGCUAGGCACAAGCCAUCAAAGUUCAAACCUUCCUCAUUGACAUGACACAGUUUUUGCUUAAUCGUUACAUGGAAAUCCACAAUUCUUUGAAAAUAUUGGGAUUGCUGAAGAGGUUACCAGAGCAGUGAGUGGAUGGAGAGAGCUGCUUUUUAGCUAAAACUUUCAGAAGUUAGCAGAUAGAAAACUUUAUUGGAAACUUCUGCUUAUUUAUUAUCAUUUUUUUUGGGUACAUACUUUGUUCUUUGCUGUUGGUAAAUUAUUAUUAUUUCCUUUUGUCAAAGUAGUCUUAUGAAAUCUAAUUUGAUUGGAUCACAUCUGCGUAGGUAUUGAAUCAUUGAGCUAG